UGUAUAAGGUAUAAUAGUGAUAGGAUGGAAUACAUGAUUAUUUUAGCUUUUAUUUGGAGAAUUAGUUAGCUUUAAGAUUAUUUUUUUAAAUAUUUAUGUCAUAAUGAUGAAAUUAGUUAUCCUGGGAUAAUUAAUUAUCCGGGCCAACCAAACGACCCCUGUGUGUUUUUAGGGUUUUAGCAGACAAAAAGUUCUUCCUACACAAACUCUCAGUGCCGAAAAUUGAUUUUUCCCAUUAACAAUGGGGAAGAAAAAAUUCAUCGACAAGAAAAAAGCAGCUACGUUUCAAUUAUUCGCCCGUGAUUCAUCGGAUCCGGGUUUCGAAUCCGGGUCAACCGGCGCCGACAGAGUAUUCGUUAGAGUCGACAACAAUACCUCGUACUCCGUCGACGCUUUUCACGUCGACCCGAAUUCGAUAUUCGCGGAUGCUCCCGAUGAUGAACAGGAGUAUGAUUAUCGGGUCGGGUAUUCGGGUACUGAAAAUCAAACCGGGUUGUUACCGGAUGAUGUAAGGAAGGAGAUAUUGGAGCUAGGUUUUCCUGAUGAUGGGUAUAAUUACUUGGAGCAUUUGAGGGAGAUUAAGAAUACUGGUGGUGGUUCUGCUUAUUAUGAAAAUCCUAAAGCUAAGCUUAAUGAACUUCCUCAUGAUGUUAAGGCGUAUGAUGCUUCAAGAGUCGAGGUUGCGAAAGUAAACGAUGAUUCCUAUGAGAAGUACGUAUACAAUGUGGCAGCCAAGACGGUAGGGGUAAGAGUUCAGAAGGCAGUGGAUCCUGAAGUUGCUGCUUUGCUAGAUGACAGUGACUUGUCACGUUUUGGGUCUGAUGAUGAGGAUUUUGAGUUAGAAGAAGAUUUUGUUAUUAAGGCAAACGUUCCCGACGGAGCAGUUAAUGUGGAACUUGACAAGAAUUUAAGCCUGCCCGAGAAAUUGAAUGUUGACAAAGUAGGAAGCAGCGAUACAACUGGGCAUGUGCAGAGAAAUGAGGCUAAGUUUGCAACUUUUGAAGAGAAGCCAAGAGCACGUCGCUUGCUGGAUGAACAGUUUGAUCUGCUUGAACUUGAAGAGUAUUGCUCGGAAACUGAAGAUGAAUAUGAUGAAGAGAUGUUGGAGGAAAAUGAGCAUCAUGAAUCCCUUGCAGAAAAGCUUAAUCAUGCAUUUAAGGAGUGUGCCAUUGAUAAUAAUGGACCAGAUGAUGGGGAAUUGCUUGAACCUGCAGCUGAUGUCAUAAGCCGGUGCAGAGAAUAUGCUGAGAAGUAUGAAAAUGAAAAUCCAGAGGAAGAGACUGCUCUUUUUGAGGAAAGUAGCAGUGACUCAGAAGUAUGGGAUUGCGAAACUAUAGUGUCAACGUAUUCAAAUCUUGAUAACCACCCUGGAAAAAUUGUAGCUCCUGAGUCUAGGAGAAAAAAGCUGCUCCCUGCUAUUUCUGAAGCCUCGCCUAUAAUAUCCCUAAAAGGAAAAGAGAAGCUUCCUGUUGACUAUUUGCCGAGCAAGGGAAAGCAUUCAGUGCAAAAGGAGGAUAAGAAAAAGCGAGGUUCAGAAAAGGAGGAAAAGGAUGACUCAAAGACAGAACAACUUAAAAGAAAGCAACAUGGCCAAGAGUCAAAGGAGGAAAAGAAAGAAAGAAAGGCUGCUGUGAAGGAAGAACGGCGCGAGGCACGUCGUAUGAAAAAAGAGACAAAGGAACUAUAUAAGUGUGAAGCACAGCGCGCACAGAAGGUUGCUGCUUUUACUUUACCAUCCGCGAUACAUCUUAUGUGAUAUUGUUUUGGUUUUGUGUACCUUCGAGGCAAAACCUUGGGAGCUGAAGUUGAUAUUUCGUUGUGCCCAUAAUUAGGAGCAUUUGGUUUACAUGUCCUCUUCCAUUAGCAAGACGAUGUUCGAAAGCUUUUCUCCUUUUAGUUAAGAAUAUAGUACAUGAUAGAUCCUCGAAACAGUUGACAGCAACGCAUGGAUAUGCGUGGUCUAGUAGAGUUGCUAUUUUGAUGUAUAUUUUUGUUUAAUUGGUGAAAUAUGCAGUGUUGACAUUCUAUUUAGCAUGUUUGCAGUUUAUGAUGUCAUUGGAGUUUCAAUGUUCUCA